AUGCCAGAAGCAAGAAGCAGCAUCAAGAUCGAUCGAGCGCACAGAGUUGGUAGGAAACGCGAUGGCCGCAGAAAACCGAGAGCCAUAGUUGCAAAAUUUAAUUUUUUCCCCGAUCGGGAGAAAAUUCUCUUCAAUGCGAAAAAAUUAAGGGGAACAAAGAUCGGUAUCUCCGAACAGUUUCCUGAAGAGAUUGAAAAAGUGCGUCAAACCCUCUACCCUGAAAUGAGGAGAGCAAAGCGGCAAAGCAGAGAGUGCGUUUGGUUCGUGGUAAACUUUAUAUUAACAAUGUGGAGUUUAUUCCCCAUAAUAACUAAAGAAAUUAUCGCUCAAUUAUAUUUAGUACGCAUUUUAUUAUCUAAUUGA